CUCUGUGUUCUCCCGCCCUUUAAGCAACCUUCGCCCCCGCCUUUUCCUCAUUCCUCUUUCAAUCCUCCUCUGAUCUGAUCUCUCUCCGCAAACUAACAAACGCUAGUAUUCUGAGAUAGAGAUCGAUACUCGAUACGAUGGUGUCUCCUUUAUUAUCUCCUCUCUCAAGCGGAUCGUCGUCGUCGUCCUGCUUCGUCCCUCUCUGUCUUCUCUUGUUGAUCUCCGGCUCCGCCACCGGGUCCCACGCCCGCCGCGACACUCCUCUCGCCAAUGCCCAUAAUGCCCUGCUCAGCCGUGGCGGAGGAGGUGGCUCUAAUAAAUACAACAUCACAGACAAGCACUACUGGGUCUCUAGGACGAGGACAGGGAUCCACGGAGUUGCAGGGAGCUUAGGGGUAGCGGCGAACGAAAGAAGCAUGCACAAAUCCAAAAAGCUUAUAGAAACAAUCCUUGAUGUGGGUUCUGAGGCUCAAGAAAUCAUGCAAAGGACGAAGAACAUAUUGUUAACCAUCCAGACCGUUCUCAACCCGUACAACUCGGAAGCUAUUCGUGUCCUGAAUGUCACAACACAUUCACUGAGAAGAGAAUCGGUGUCGGUCAAACAGUUCAUAGACUCAAGCAGACACUCCAGCAAGGAAGCAAUUGUAGCUCUAUAUGUGACAAAUCUUGUCAUCGUGAUGGCCAAUUUGGCAUUUUUGGUCGCCGCAUUAGUUUCAUUCUUCUUUAGGUGGCCUCUUGGACUCAUAAUCAUGAUAUUCUGCAUUUGGAUUUUGACCACUCUGAGUUGGAUUCUGACGGGGGUUAAUUUCUUCUUUCACAAUUUUGCAGAAGACACUUGCAAUGCAUUGGAAGAUUUUCAGCAAAGUCCUCAAAACAGUAGCCUGCAAUCUGCAGUUCCUUGUGCCAAGUCCACAACUUCCAACACAUUGUUGGUCCAAAUUGGUUACACUGUCCACAACUACAUGUCUCAGAUUAACUCCAAACUUGCUGACCUCACAGCGGUGGUGUCAACCGAAACCCAACGCGAUUCGCGAGCUUGGGAAAUCUGUAACCCCUUUGCUGGUGCACCUAAUUACACCUUCGCCCCGGACCAAUGCCCCGAGAAUUCUAUACCCGUUGGAAACUUGCCAAAUAUCCUCUCGCGGUUCACGUGCUACAAAUCGUCGCAAAAUUGUGAGAGGGAAGGGAAGUUCCUCCCGGAGGCGAUAUAUGAUCAAUGCAAGGCAUACAGUGAGUCUCUCCAAGACCUGAUAGACAUAUUCCCAGAUUUGGUGAGCCUGAUUCAAUGCUCCCAGGUAAAACAAGCAUUCUCAGACAUUGUUCAGUUCCAAUGCCAGCCGUUCCGAAAAGCUGCACUGCAACUAUGGUCUUCUAUGUUGUCUUUCUCCAUUUGUUUAGUCUUCCUGACAUUGUUGUGGUCUGCAAAAGCUUAUCAGGACAAGGGGAAAUCUUUCUCUCCGUGCUCUAUCGUCCCAGAACGUGUUUAAGGAUUCAUUCGUUUGUUCUGUUCAUAGGUUGUUUAAUUAGAUCAUCUUUUUUCCCCUGGCCUGGAGUUCAAGAAAUACUCCUGUAGGCU